AUGGCAAACAAAAUUACAAUCGCCGAGCUUCGUAAGUUUUCCAUACCAAAUCUUAAUGCGUGACUACAGUGUAUGUAUCGUAUUUUACCUACCCAAAAUUGCCAUCACGACUUAUUUUUUAGGCGCGAUUUUUGACCAAUACGAUGUCGAUAAUGAUGGAGUGUUGGGACCCAAAGAAGCACUAAAUGCGUAUAAAGCGCUUGGCGAAAAAGCGAAGAAGAUCGAUAAUUUUGACAAAGAAUUUGAAACUCUCGCCAAAAACAAAAGGAUGACGUUACAGCGUAAGUUGAAGCUCUUGGGGUUGCAGUUGAUUGUACCUUCGCUUACUAGUCGCGUAAAAUGGUCCCUUUUAACAAAAGAAGCCUUUGAAAUGAGGUGCUUAGACCUUUAUAAAAUUUUGCAUACGGUUUUCAGGCAAGCCACACAUCAAUGCUUGAAAUUUUUAGCUUGCGCUUUCCAGGAGCGGCCGAGGUAUUUGAAGGUCAUGUUAGAAACUUUUGAAAUCAUUUUCGCACAAAACUGUUCUAUUUUCUCUCUUGUAAAAUUCUGAUUUUUUGGAGGAAAAUUUAGGAUGCAAUGCUUGAAAUUUGCGCACCAUGUAAAUAAACGGAUUUUUUUUUUGAACUUUCAAUGAAAAACUUGCUUUAUAAGCAAAUUAAGAAAAGCAAUAACCAAUCAAAAAAGCCACCCACACCAUUAUUGGCACCUUGUCCGGAAUAGGGACAUUUUUAGGCUAAAGUUAUCGCAUUUUAUGGUAUAGUGGGAUUUUUAACUUUGUUGGAAUUAAGAGUUCCCAAAGAUAGUGCCAAAGGUUCAACGCAGUCAGUAAUGACUCUAAAAUUAUUGAUUAAAGAAGGGAUUUGAACGGAACUUGGGGCUAAAUUGUCUAUUUGAGCCUCCAAAGUCUUAGCGCUUGUUGCAUAAAUGUCCUAUUAUAUUAUAUUUAAGAUAGCUGGGGAUUUCUAAUAAUCUACCAAAUAUGCAAUAUACGCUUGCCAUGGGAUUAUACCAACAAAGUUAUCAACAUUUUUUUAGAGUUCAACCGGCUAGUGCAAUGA